GAAGAAGUGACGUUAUCGUUUAGUCUCAGACGGAAACGACAGACUUGACAACAGACACCGACUGACAUUUUAUUUGUAUGCGCUCUACUUAUUCCGGUUACCGACACAUAUCUCCAAAGGUCUGCAACAGUUUGCACACGUUGCUAUAAAGGCAUUGCAGCUGCCUCGGCUAACUAACUUAAGGCUACACAGCCAACGCAGGCUAACACUGCGAGGUAGUUACACCUGGGGGUAGUUAGCUGCUAGCUGGUAGCCGGCUGUGUGGAGCAGCUUGUUUACGUUACACACGGGAGUUGUCCGUUCCCGGGAAAUGGCCUGCACUUUAGAAAAAGUGUUGGGCGAUGCCCGGACCCUUCUGGAGAGACUGAAAGAGCACGACACUGCCGCCGAGGGCCUGAUAGAGCAGUCCGGGGCCCUCAGCCAGAGGGUGCACAGCAUGAGAGAGGUGGGGAAUGCCCUCCCAGACAAGCACAUAGAAGACACUUCAGAGAUCCAGGAGCUGACCAAAUACAAGCCCCAUGUCCUUCUGACUCAGGAAAACACUCAAAUCAAGGAACUACAGCAGGAGAAUAAAGAACUAUGGUUGUCUCUCGAAGAACACCAGUACGCGCUCGAGUUGAUCAUGGGUCGAUACCGCAAGCAGAUGCUCCAGCUGAUGAUGGCCAAGAAGGAGCUGGACACCAAACCGGUGCUCAGCCUCCACGAGGACCACGCAAAAGAAGUGCAGAGCCAGGUGGAGAGGAUAUGUGAGAUGGGACAGGUCAUGAGGAGAGCAGUGCAGGUGGACGAUCAGCACUACUGCUCUAUUCGAGAGAGGCUCGCUCAACUAGAGAUUGAGAACAAGGAGCUGCGAGAUCUCCUGGUCAUCAGCAAGGGCUCCGUGAAGAUGGCGAGAGAAGAAACCAACCACCCGGCAGCAGCAGCACAGGAACAGUCCCCUCAGCCAGGGUCCAAUGAGUGAUCAGAACAGCGUCAGAGUGAACUGUGGUUGUGGCUAGAAGACCUUCAGGACCAGGGGACGGGGUUUAUGAUCUCUUCCCCUGUGUUCACCACAUUAUUUUUUUUACAUAAGAUGAAAUGCAGUCAAACCACAGCAUAUUUUUUGUAGUGAAGGCCACUUAAACACAGCAUUCUAGUAUGCCUUUAACUGUGGGUAUAUCUGGAUGAUAGCUAUCGUUUUAAUAUGCACAGUAUGUGUAUUAUCACUGAAGUUGUGUUGGAAUGUACUCCACGUAAAGCGUGACUUUUAAUGAGAUGUCUUGGUUGUCACUGACAAGAAUUCAGUAGGAGCUAAGACGCAUACAUAUACUGGAGGAAAGGCAGUAAAAGCAAAGGGGGGGUUAUUUUGUUUUUGGCCAAAGAUACAUUCAAGGACACAGUUUCUACCUCUUUGGUGCCCCUUUGCUGUUCACACGCGCUCACGAUGCGUAAGAUGCUCAUAACCACCCCUGCUAUGAGUUCACUUGAAGUCCAUUAAGAUGCCAACUCGUAUUCUACACCAUUUUUUAGAGGCUGUGCUUGAUAAUCACUGCCAACACGAUGACUUUUGGCUGUUUCACACAGUUUGCCUACUGAGGAGUGACAGUGGAUCGUUCAUAUGUGAUUCAUUUUAUGAAUUUGAUACGUUUGUCUGUUUGUAGAAUUCAUAUAUAACAUGAUUUCCAUGUUUAGUACUUUAGUUUUCUAGUUUUCAGAUUUGGAUGCAGAGUAAUCAACUGUCCCAGCUCGUGGCACAUCUUUAUUUAAUGGUAACAAUUUAAAAAUAUGCCAACUUUUUGUGUGAGUAUCAAAUGUUUGCUCACUGUAUGUUGUCAGAAAUUGUAUAUUGUCAUCUCAGGAAAUAAGUGUUAAUAAGGUGAACAUGCUGUAAUGACUUCAUGACAGUAUACUGAUUUGUGUCAAAUGAAAUUUCAUUCAGAAACUUUAAAAUAAAUUUGCAAAAAAAUG